AUGGGGGCGGGCUGCGCUAAAAACGCAGUUGGGGAACCUCAUAGGCCUUUAGCUGCAAGUUCGUUUGCUGAUGACACCCAUAGGAGGGCCUCCUCUUCCUCCUCUACUUCCUCCCUUGCACAACGGCAACACCAGCGGCAGCUAGCCUAUGCGCAGUCGAGCCGAUCGAGGUCCUCUGGCCUCAGUCUCGCUAGCAGCGGCAGAAGCUCGCGUUUAAGUUUGGUCCCGCAACCGCCUCCUAGAGUAGCAGCAGCUGCAGCAGCAGCAGCGGCGGCAGCAGCAGCAGCACGGUCGCGCACCGGCAGCAUUCGCCGUCGUUCAAGUAACAUAUCCUCCUCUUCUCAACAAUCCAAUGCUUCUGCUUCGCACAAAAGUCUACCUAGACAAGCAGCAGCAGCAACAGGCGCAGUACCUGCUGCUGCUGCUGCUGCAGGCGCCCCAGCAAGUGCUGCAGGCGCUGGUGCAUCAGCCGGAGAUGUUGCGUCAUCCCAGCAGCAGCUGCCUUCGCAGCAACAGCCUCCAGCGCCUCCACCACCUCCUCCGCCACAGCAACAACAACAGCAGCAACCAGACCAGCAGCAGCCGCCUGCAGCUGCUCCUGCGACUGUAUCUGCUGCGCCAGUUGUUCCACCGAAGAAGCAGACGCAGAAGCCACUGCUGCCUGCAGGCUACAGCUAUGCAAGUGGUCAUCCCCCCCAUCAUAUGUUAUCCGGGGACUUAACAGAACUUAACGCGGGUUUAUUAUUCCAUGUAAGAAUAUAUGCUAUGAGGGCAAGAGGUAUUGAAUUACCUUCUCAUGGAUCUGCUGUGCUGCAGAUACAGUGGGCAGCGCCUGUUGCUGCACAUACACUAGGAAUGGAUAAGAAACCAUCCUCUAUACAGCAACAGCAGCAGCAGCAGCAGCAGCAGCAACAGCAGCAGCCGCAGCAGGACGGGAAAGAACAACAAGAACAAGAAGAAAAGCCUCAGGAAAAUGGGGAAAAGGCGCCUCAGGACGAGCAGCAACAGGGACAGGGACAGGGAGACCAGCAGGGACAGCAGCAGCAGCAGCAGGGACAGCAGCAACAGCAGAAGCAGGAUGAGGAUGACGAGCAGCAGGUGUUAAAGCUGUCAACAGAUGCUGCUAGAGGUCGUUCUCCCCGCUGGUUUAAUUCCUUUGAGUUUACUUGGCAUGCAUCUUCUUUAGAGCAACUUCGUACGAAGGCAUUAGUCUUUUCUGUUAUUGAAGCUUCCCCCCCUCCCUCCCAGCAGCAGCAGCAGGACCAGCAGCAAGAGGAGCAGCAGCAACAGGAGCAGCAACAACAACAACCGGAGCAGCAGCAACAGCAGCCGGGACGCAUCUUAGGUUGCUGUUCUGUGUGUCUGUAUGCUAUUGCUACGGGACCCGUACAUCACGACUUGCUGCUGCUGUGCGAGGAAACGGGGCUCCCUGUGGGGCGUUUAAUGAUGGAUAUUCGCAUGCAGCAGAUAUGUGAUUUAAUUAUUAACCCUAUUGAGGUAUUAGGUCAUUUUAUUGAUUCAGAAGAAUCUGCUGAUAGCGGUGGCUCCGAUGCAGAAGACGAACAGGAACAGCAGCAACAGCAGCAGCAGCAGCAGCCACAGCAACCACUGCCACUUACUGCUGCUGGAGUAAGCGAUACCGCUGCUGCCACUGCAGCUGCGGUGGCAGGUACUACUGCUGCCGCAGCGAACACAACCGACGGAGGAAAAACAAAUGAGACUGGUGCUGCUUCCACAGCAACAGCACCAGCACCAGGGACAGCAGCAGCAGCAGGAGCCGCAGCGGCAGCAGCAACGCGUCCGCUUCUGCGAGAUUCCAAGUCAGACGUGUUUUGUUUUGCUGGUGGCAAUUCGCCUCUUCAAACGUUUGCAAGAAGAUCAUGUGACUUCCGCCACGGGGAGAGGCAGCGGCGGCAGGCAGCAGCAGCAGCAGCAGCAAGUCGUGCUGCAGCAGCAGCAAGUCGUGCUGCUGCGGCUGCAAGCCGCGCUGCAGCAGCUGCAUGUCGCAGAACCAUUAAAGCCCGCAAGGAGGCAGCAGCCACUACCAAUGAGGCGGAUGCUGAGGGCAGCAGCAUGGGCAGCACAACACUGCGUCGUGGGAGCAGCUUGAGCAGCAGUAAGAGCAGCAGCAGCAACAGCAGCGGCAGCAGCGGCGGGAGGAGCGGCAGCGAUCCAGCGGAUCUAGAUGGGGAAGAGGAGCCUUUAGGCCGUUUAAAUGCCCAUUGGCUAUUAUCCUUCUCCCCUACAGGUGUUGAUAACCCAAGAGAAUCUUUUUCCUUACAAACAGAUCUGAUGGUACAACCUUAUUGGAAUGCAGUAGAUCAUGCUCUUCUUAAGCGAAGAGUUCGUAACCGCGCUCUCUCUGUCGCCUCUGCUGCAUCCGCACCUGCAGGGUGUCUAUCAAGGGGUGGAUCUCUUAAGGAUGUAGCAUCCUUGGCAACCACACAGCCUAACACACACACCAGCAGCAACAACAACGACAGCAACAGUGGCAGCAGUAGCACCAGCAGGGAUGAGGCGAGUCCGACGGGAACGACGGAGGAGGAAGACGGGGUAGACGAUAGCAUAAAGGGUUUAGGAGCGCUGGGAAAAGGGGAGAAGGGAGGAGGAGGAGGUGUUGACGAGGAGCGUAAACGGGCAUCUUUGCGCUCGAGUGUAUCUGCAGUUGCAGUGUCUCGACAGCAGCUACAUCGGGAUCAUCUCGAUCCUUUUACAACAUACGAGCGACUUGCUGCUGUCGCUGAGGAGGGGGAUUUAGUUAAGAAUGUGCUCUCUGACGUGUUUCCUACAUUACGUCUAUCAACAACUGUGGAUCAGUUGCGGCAGAACUAUAUGCGUAUAAGGCUGCAUGCACGCGUAUUCGAUAACGAUGCGCCGCAGCUGUAUGGGGAGUGUUGGCUGCCUUUCUUUAAGGUAUACGACUCCGAUAUUGUUAGCUCCGUCCCCCGCCUCUUCUACGACUCCUAUUUUAGGGAGAAGUUGUGGCUUGACGGCAGACGCGUCGGGGACUUAGAAGGCAUUAUUGUGUUUCAAAAUAACCCCGUCGUACGUCAGCUAUGCGUUGGCGUACGCACAGAGAAAGGUGUAUGUAACUCUAUGCCUCCCCAUGUCUUCGAUUUAAAGCAGCAAACCCGCAUCGACUUCAAGAUCACCGGAGGUGGUCUGCCCCCUCCCAUCGCACGCAUCGCUACUCUUCAUGAAAAAUUGCUUCAACUUAUCACAGCUAAAACACAACAAAAAUUUCCCGAAAAUCUUCCCCCUGUAACUGCCGUCACUGCUUUCCUCUCCUCCGUCAAAAAGACAACCCAAACCCCCACCAACAGCGCGAAGACGCUUGAGGAGGCGAAGGCGACUUGCGAAGAGCUGCUGCAGCUGCUGAGUGCUGAGUCGGAAGCUCGUCGACUUUUUUGUUUUGGUUCGGAGUGCGAGUUGCUACGGAGUCAGAGAGUCUUGCUGAACUUAGCUGCGCAUACACUCGAAUUCUUAGAGUUCGUCUUCUGGCAGUGCCGCGCCAGCUACUGCGCAGUUCUCUCUGCUGUCCUCCGCCGGCCAGAAUUUGAACUUCACACGAUUUUGCCUCCCAAGCCCGAGCCAUGUGCAGAGAUGACAUCUGCUGAGGUGUAUGUACUCUAUGUAUUCAUCAAGGAAGAACACGCAGCGGCAGCAGCCGCUGACAGUGUCACCGCUGCUGCUGCUGCCGAUGCAAAUGCGGAUGCAAAGGCCACCGCAGCAAACGCUCCAACCAGCGCCACCUCAGACAACGCUACAACCUCAGCAGCUGCAGGUGAACGCAAACCCAAACUUGACCGCUCUGAGCGAUCUGGUGACCUCGAGCCUAACAACACGACAAACCCCAGUAGUAGCAAUAGCAGCAGCAACAGCACCGGGAGUGCGGACAAUGGAGGUGGUUCGAGGAAGGGAAGCAGUAGUCAGCAGCAGCAAACUCCAGCUUCGUGCGCUUCUCAACAGCAGCAGGAGCAGGAGCAGCAGCAGGCGAGCGGCGGUCGUUUGUCUUUGAGCGUGAACUUGUUGCCUCGUCUGGGUGUCAGUGACUAUGGUGAGGGAGCACGGGGUUACUUGGGCGCUGCAAUAAAGCGGUUUAGGAACGGCGCUCUUGGGGAGGGGAGCUCGAAUGGCGAGAGCGAAUCAGCAGGAGGAGCAGCAGCAGCAGCGGCAGCGUGGUUGCGCGAACUACAGCAGCAGCAGCCGGGGGAGGGAUUGCUGGGUGGUGUGCAGCAGCGGCAGAAGACGGAACCCGAACCUUGGAAGCAGAAGCUGCGUGCAUCAGUGUCUGCAGAACGAACAGAGGAGCUGCGGCAGCUUGCAAGUUCUCUGAGUCCUGAGACGAAGUUUGCCGCAGUGCUGUAUCAUAAGCGGCUCAAGCUGUGCCGUCAGUUCCGCGUGCUGCUGCAGCGGGUGUUAGCAGCAGCACUGCGGAUGCUAGGGGGGGAGGCUUCGUUUGGAGGGCAGCGGCGAAUGGCGUCUCUGUUGCUGGCGAGCUGCUACUUUCGGGUCCCCGAGUUCCGCGAAGAGCUGCUGCAGUGCGUGCUGCCUCCUGAAGGUCGCGCCGCUGCAGUGGAGGAGUGGCGGGGAACAGAAUACAACUUGGACGUGCAUGCGUUGGCAGCAGCAGAGAAGUGGUCUACUGGAAGCCCCCUGCGGCUGAUGUUGCAGUGGGAGACAUUCUACAGUGCUUUAAGGGAUUAUUUUGGGCCGGAGGCACUAAACGAUGAUGAUGCAGCGUUGCAAAGCAAACUGCCACCGGAACCUGACUGGAGAGAAGAGCUGGGUCCUUCAGGGAGUUCUUUUUUCACGUUUUUAGAACAGUUUGUGCGUUCUCUGCUGCUGAGUUCUGCCGCUAAAGGGCCACUGGAGUGGAAAGAUAUUCCUGGGUAUCGAACACUGCUAAAGAGGCUGCUGCUAGAGAUGAAAGGCCGCAGCGUCAGCAAGUACCCCGACUCGCUUGCAAACUGUACCGGUGCCGUGCUAGCAAAUGAAAAGCUUCUAUCGGUCUUUGUAAAGAUCGUCCUACUGAAAACGCAUGCACACAACAGCCCGCAAGUGUUCGCUGCCCUCAGCUAUCUCGAUUUCUGGACGCAGCUCAUCGCCGCCCGUGGCCGUCAGCUGCCGCCCAACUUCGAUUUCGCCUUCUUAAAGAAAGGACUCCAGCUUGUUAUUGAGUCGGACUUGUAUGCAAAUGUCUCGAAGGGCCUCUGGUUCAUCUACAGAAAUCUUCCGAUCCUUAAUGGAGAGCAGCUCAGCGACAUCCUCAAUGACCUCUGUCUGCUGCAACAGGGAUCCCGCCUCUUCCUUCACUGGGCAUGGGUCGUGCGCAGAGCGUUUAUGUGGCUUCUCCUCUACAGACUGGUUGAGGGCAUGCGCAGAGUCAUAGGAAGGAUCACAGGACAAGAACCCACCUUCACCAGCGCCCGCAACAACUACUACUACAUCCAACUGCAGCAGCAACAACAGCAGCACCCACGCCGAGUCGCCCUAUCUGCGGAAGAGGCCGUUGUCAUCAGCGGUCAUUCCGUCCUCGUCUGCUUCUUAAGAGCCUUAUCGCUCGAGGAGCUCCUGCCUCCCGCUGCAGUUCAAGCGGUGGAGGCCUUAGCAAUGGGAGACUCGAACUACGUAGUCCCGCCAGCAACGGCAGCAGCAGCUGCUGCUGCCGCUGCUGCUGCAGCUGCUGCUGCAGCUGCAGGGGUGACACAGCAAGCCGAUCAAGAAUACAUUCAACAACAGCAGCAGCAGCAGCUGCGCCAACAGCACCAGCAACAGUUCGAAGCCGACCUGAGUGUGCCUGCAGUUCAGGUGUACAGACGGCAGGCCGUGCAGGAGUUCAAAAGAGAGGUAGAACACUACAAAGUUUGGGUGAGAGAGGGAGCAUCCUCUCUACCCAUGAUGAUCAUCCCCAGUGCUCCUCUUGACGCCAACACAGAUGUGCCCCUAGAGGGUUGGCAGUGA